AUGGCAAACAUGACAGAGUUUCAGAACCCCAUCAUUCCGGGCUUUGCUCCAGACCCCUCGGUCGUCAUGGUCGAUGGGAUCUUCUACCUCGUCACCUCAUCCUUCCACAUCUUCCCCGGUCUACCCAUCUACGCUUCCCGUGACUUACGAAGCUGGAAGCAUAUAGGCAACGCAAUCAACCGCCCAGAACAACUCACUCUCGCCAACGCAGGCACAAACUCCUUCACCCUUGACACCGGCCACACAAUGAUCGCAACAGGCGGCCUCUUCGCCGCCACCAUCCGUCACCACCGCGGGCGAUUCUACAUCGUCUGCACAAACUGCGGCUCCUCAAAUGGAUCCUCCGACUUGCAGAACUUCAUCAUUCAUACCUCUGAUAUCUGGAGCGGACAGUGGAGUGACCCCGUAUCAGUAGACUUCCACGGCAUCGAUCCAAGUCUGUUCUUCGAUGACGAUGAUCGCGUGUAUUUCCAGGGUUGCUUCGUCAUGGACCGCUCAAAGCAGCCGAGUUGUACGAUCAAGCAAGUUGAAGUUGAUGUUCUCACCGGGAAGCAGCUUUCUGAGCAACGAGAGAUUUGGGGCGGGUACGCGAGAUACGACACCGAGGGGCCGCAUGUGUAUAAAGUCGAUGGGUGGUAUUACCUCCUGGUAGCUGAAGGCGGGACUUUUGAGCACCACAUGCUUUCCAUCGCGAGAUCAAGAGACAUUUGGGGACCGUACGAAAGCUUCGAAGGAAACCCGAUCAUGACGGCGGAUGGGAAGGAUGAGUACAUCCAGAACAUCGGUCACGGGGAACUGUUCCAGGACGCGAGGGGAGCAUGGUGGGCUGCGGUGCUCGGCGUCAGGAGGGAUGGUGAUGGAUGCGCUGCCUUGGGGCGUGAGAGUUUUCUGACGCCUGUUGAGUGGCCUGAGGGGGAUAGGCCAAGGAUAACUCAGCCCAAGAUGGAGUUUGAGAGGGGGUUUGUGGAGGCUGCGUCGAGCUUGGAUGUACAAGCUUUGAAACCACCUGCCGGUGUCACGGAUGUCUUGAUCAGGGAUCCCGACUUUUCCAAGUACCGGCUCUCUGAGGAUGACGAAAACAGAGUUACACUCUUGCCAAGCCUCAACGGAUUCUCAAGUCCUACAGGAACUUGCACUUUUCUCGGGAGAAGGCAAAGAUCUUUGGCAACUUGCGCCAUUGCUUCUCUCAAGCUAGACGACAACAUGAAGUCAGCAAAGGGGCUUCGAGCAGGUUUGGCAAUGUACAGAGACAGCGCCCGACACGUCUCAAUAGCGUUCGACUCUGAUGCUGAGGCCAUCGUCUGCCAUGCCUUCAACUCUGCGUCUGGCCUCGACAAAGUCUUCUCAAAAACCCUUCCUCUGGGGAACGAGACACGGAGGGUCAAUUUCAAGAUCCAAGCUUCGGAGACUGAGUGGAAGUUCUAUGCUGCACUGCUCGACGAGGAUGUUGCUGCUUUUGGCAGCGAAAGUCUGAACCUGGAUAAUUGCAGUUGGGAAGAGAUCGGGGUGGUUCCGGUCAAGGAUCUUGAUGCCCGGGACUUCACGGGACCCAUUCUGGGCAUUUUUGCUCAGGCUUCAGUUAAGGAGACUGAAGAUACACCGGUUACGUUCACUCACUUCUCAGUGGAAGACGAUGGAUUCAGUAUGUAG